AUGUGUGAAGAAAAAGCGAAUGAACAGCUUAUGCUCCUAAAAUGGCUAGAGUAUCAGAAAUGGGAGGUUAAUGAUACGAAUGUCAGUUUGGGCGAUCGGUUUUCGAAGAUGAGAGGCGACAUUGAAAGAUCAUUACUUUAUAAGGUGCUGCGUAAAAUGCCCAAGGGCGCCGCUUUGCAUGUCCACGACAUAGGCUUGACCAGUGUUGAUUUUAUUGUAAAAUGUCUAACCUACUAUCAGAACUUGUGGGUAUGUGUUGCUCAUAACAAGGAAUUGCACGAGUUUCAAUUUUCACAAAAAUUUUUAAACGAGACAAACGCUACCGAUAUGUGCACUUGGUAUCCGAUUAAAGAAUGGCGUAGAAUGCACGGGGCAAAAGUGGUCGAUGCAAAAAUAAGAGAUAAUCUAAUCAUAACUACGACUGAUCAUAAAUUGGUCGCAGCACGAUUGAAGGGAAUUAAAAGUUUAUUAAAAGGCUUAAUAACAUAUGCUCCCGUUUGGGAGUUAUAUUUUGAACAAGCGUUCAAAGAGUUCAUCGAAGACGGAGUGCAAUAUAUAGAAAUCCGUACCAUUUUGCCCAGACUAUAUAAUUUGACUGGGCACAGUUUGCCGCAUUUGGAAACGUUAGCUGCUUUAAAAAGAGCAUCGGAAACAGUUGCAUUUUAUAAUGCUUCGUUUGUCGGUACAAAAAUCAUUUAUACACCGUCACGUAACGUCAAUGAUAACGAAGUAGAAAUGCUCUUGAGCGACGCACUAAUCUUAAAGUUAGUGUUCAAGGAUUACGUGGCUGGUUUGGAUUUGAUCUCUGACGAUUAUUUUUCUAAGCCCUUGCGCGAUUUCAGUCAACGUUUAAUAUAUAUGCAAGACAGUAUGGACUUUUAUUUUACGGUCGAUGACGUCUACGCUAAUCAGUUAGACAAUGAUGAAAAUUUGAUUGACGCUUAUUUGCUGGGCAGUAAACGUUUGCCAUUCAGUUAUCCUUUAAUGCAACAUCCGUACAUAUUAAGGCAAAUACAUCGUUUAAAUAUCGGUCUGGUCAUAAAUCCUAUAUCAAUCGAGUACAUGCAAAAUUUGGGCAAUUCACGAUUUCAUCCCGCCAGUAUAUUAUUUACUUUUAACUUGCCUUUAAUUAUCAGUUCUGAUUAUCCCGGAUUGUGGCAAGCCAGUCCCAUAACGCAUGAUUUUUAUCUAACAUUUAUGAAGAUUGCUCCGCGCGAAUCUGAUUUGAGAGUUCUCAAGCAAUUAGCACGUAAUUCGAUAGUACAUAGCGCUAAGAGCGAAGCGGAAAGAGAUGUAGCUCUACGCGUUUGGGAGAUAAUGUGGUCUAAAUGGAUAUGUGAACUUAAGAAUAUGAACUUGUAA